AUGGAUGGUAAAAUUGGAUAUAUAAAACGCUAUGUUAACAAUUCCAAAGAUAAAGAUAAGGAUGUGAAAGAAACUAUAAAACUUUGUGGUAUAAGCUUUUCAAAACUGAAGACAAAGAUGACAAGCUUAACUACAGAUGGAAAAGUCAUGAAGUAUAUUCAAGAGAAAGGUGUUGGAAAAAUUAUACCACACAAUGCUCGAGCGAUUAUCCAUUAUGUUGGAUUUUCUGAAAGCAGAGAUGAACCUUUUGAUUCUACUCACUGUAUUGGGAAACCAAUAUCGUUGCGUUUAGGCAAGAGUUGUAUUAUACCAGGUUUAGAAAUUGGUAUACGUUCUAUGCAAAAGAAUGAAACAGCAAUAUUUUUGAUACAUCCUGAUUAUGCUUACAAGACUGUUGUUAGUUGUUCAGUACGUAUUCCACCUAAUGAGGAAGUGAUCUUUGUCGUUACUUUAGUUGAUUAUAUUGAUGAUGGCUGUGCACAGACAAAUCAAGAUCUUACCGAAGAGAAGAAAUUCAUUAAAUAUGUGUUAGAGCCUGCAAAACAUAAGUUUAUAAUUGCUAAAGACUAUUUUAAUAAAUUUAACUACAAACUGGCGAUACAAGAAUAUACAAAAAUUAUUGAUUGUUUGGAAUCAGUCAAGUUAAAAGAUAAUUUACAACAAGAAGUAAAAAAUAAAUUCCUCUCACAAGCUUACACCAAUAUUGGUCUUUGUUAUAACAUGGAAAAUAUGCCUACCAAAGCUUUAUUAGCUUUAAGAAAAGUUACAAAACCAACAGCUAAAACCUAUUAUCAGUAUGGAAUAACUUGGUUGAAAUUUGGAGAAUAUAAUGAAGCAAUGAAGAAGUUCCUGAAAGCUCAGGCGUUAGAACCGCACGAUAAUACUAUUAAAAAAGCAAUUCAGACAACACGUGUGACACGGUGUGAGUAUUUGAAAAUAGAGAUACGCUUGCGGGAAAAUUGCUUCAGAUUCAUGGAUGAAGAAGAAAUGAAAGUUACUGAAUUUCGAAAAGCCGCCCAUGAUUUGUGUGAAAAACUUAUCAACAGUGAUGCAGUAAGACAAUAUCUCCCAGAGGGUUUUUCAAAACAAGAAUAUGAAAUUAUACGUGAAGAAGCGGCUAUAUUAGGAUUAAAUAUUGUUACAUCCAGAUAUCGUAACAGAUAUGGCGAAGUAAUUAUAUACCUUCAAAAGAACAAAUCAUAA